AUGGAGUUGGAGUGGGCGAUGGAGGUGAAGAAGGCCGAAGGGAGUCGUGGACCACCUUUCAAAAGUGCAUUUUCGGGAUGGAUCAGCGUAUUGAACUACCCAGAGAUGGCAGCUAGAAAGGGUAAAACGACGGACAAGGUCAAAUCUCUAGAAGACUGCCUAACUGAAUUGUCUGUGGCCGAUGAAAAUGUUGUACGGAGUGCUCUUUCUGCUGAGCAAGAUCUCAGUAACUUUUCUGCGCAGGUAAAGGAAGAGUUGACGGAGGCACAUAAAGUAGCUGUCCGGGAAUGUAUACAGAACGCUGAAAAGCUGACAGACCUUCACAAUCAGAUUGUGGCAUGUGAUCAGGUUUUCGAGCGGUUGGAGAAGAUGUUAUUGCGAUUUCAAGAUGAUCUAGGAACUAUCAGUGAGGAUAUGAAAAGGCUGCAGGAUCAGUCCGUCUCUAUAAAUCAGGAGCUGGAGAAUCGCCAAAAGGUACGCGGAGAGCUGAGUCAGUUUGUUGAUGAUAUCAUCGUACCGCAAGCUAUGAUCAAAGUCAUUAUGGAAGCGGAUGUUAGCGAUCGCAGCUUUCUGGAACAACUUCACGAGCUGCAGCACAAAAUCAGUUUUGUUCGCGCUCAGGAGUUCAAAGAUGCUCGCGCUGUCUACGAUGUGAUGGGCGUUUUGGAAAGCCUUAAGUUCAAGGCUGUCGAAAAGAUACGAGAAUGGAUUUUGACGAAAAUUUACAUGUUCCGAAAGCCGCUAUCGAAUUAUCAAGUGCCCCAGCAUCAACUCCUGAAAUAUCGUUUCUUUUUCGAAUUCCUGUCUGCAAAUGAAAGCAACAUCGCUCAGGAGGUGCAAGAGGAGUACGUUGACACAAUAAGCAAGAUGUUCUUUUCCUACUUCAAAGCUUACGUUUCUCGUCUUUUCAAACUGAUGAUGUCAGACGCGGCCUCUAAAGAAGAUUUACUAGGCGCUGAGGAUUCGGUGAAAUCGAGUGGUCUUACGGGAUUGUUCUCAGGAAAACCGCAUCAUCGAAACAGGGCGACAGUGUUUUCGCUGGGUUCCAGGCAGCAAAUCCUGACUCACGAUUUCCUCAAUCCUCUCAUCGUUCCUCACGCUGCGCAGGAGUCCAAUCAGAAGUUCCAAUUCGAAGCAUUAUUUCGGUCAAUCCAUCUGGCUUUCGUUGACCACUGCAGUCAUGAGUUUCUUUUCCUUAUAGACUUUUUCAUGGUCUCAGGACAAACAGCAAUAGAUUUGCAUGCAAAGGUGAUGGGUAGAGCUAUCGCUUACCUUAUUCGAGCUUUUGACGAGAAAAUUGCAACAAACUUUGACUGCAUCAGUCUUCAUCUGUGCAUCUGUCUGUGUGACAAAUUCCAUCGAUUAUUGACAGAAAGAGAAACGCCAUCAAUGAGUGGGUACUGGGAAACCAUCUCAAAUCAAUUAUGGACGAGACUGGCUCAAGUAAUGCAAAUGCACAACGACAGCGUUAAGGCGCUCGAUGUGAAACGUAUGCAAACAGCUAUAGAUACUAGGCCGCAUUAUAUAGUGCGCCGUUAUGCAGAACUCACAUGUGCAUUUCUUGUAGUCACGGAGUCCAGUGGGCGAGAGGUUGGACAGAAGAUGGAGGCAGUCCUAGAAUCAUGUGAAGAUGCUGUGGAGCAGUUACUGCUUAGAAUGUCAGCUACAUUGCCGUCCGCUCGCGAUCGGCUCGUAUUCUUGAUCAACAAUUACGACCUAACGUUGACUAUAAUCGAUGAAAGAGUUGUGCAAGAUAGCAGAAUACACUCGAUCAUUCAUGAACUAGAGCAGAAGGCUAUAGGAGAAUUCGUAGAAGCCACUCUGCAGCCACACUUUUCUCCUCUGCUUUCAUUUGUGAGUGAGUGUGAGCCUUUAGUACAACAAGGACAUACACAUUUGCUUGUGAGAUACAAUGAUAAGCUCACGGCAGUGGUACAAUCAUUCUCUGCAAAUUGGCGGCGUUCUAUUGAUGCUAUCAAUGGGGAGGUUGUGAAGUCAUUCACAAACUUCAAAAAUGGAACGAACAUAUUGCAGGCAGUCUUCACUCAACUAGUACAGUACGUUCAGCGAUUCACGAAGUUAGUGUCACAUGAAAUUUUCCGAGACAACCCAGCUCGCAAUGACAUGGUCAAUAUACAUCACAUUCUAGUAGAGCUCAAAAAGUAUAAACCAGUAUAUUGAUAGGAAAAAAGGUAGGAAGUCGUUCUUGCAAACUUUCCGUUUUAUCAUUCCGUUACUUAAAUAUGUUGCAAAAAUCCUCCAGUACGAGUAUUCUGAAUAUUGUCUGAUGAUGACAAUUUAUUCGCUGUUGCCAAGCUUGAACUAAUCUUUCUCGUUUCUUUUCUGUCAAGGGUAUGGUUGUGAUGCAUAAUUGAGGAGUUUCGUUCUACUUUUCAUGUUCUUCGCUCCUAUGCUCCACUUCUAGUC